AUGGAGGGGACAUACACAAAACAAUGUGGUACUGAAUACACAUUUAUUCAUGACUCUAUGUUUGAAAUCAUUGCUUAUCAUUUUGGUUCUCAGUUCCCAAAGCUAAUGUUCAAAUUCAUGAGUAGCAAUUAUAUUGCUAACUCUGUGAAGCUUCAAAAAAAUGAAAUGCUUAAAUUAAAGAAUGAAAAUGAACAAGCAGGUGAAAAUGGCCCAAUCAAUAGUGAGAGUAAAAAUGAAAAAAACAUUGCUUGUGAAAGCCCACAAAAAGGGGGAAACGAGGUUUUGAGUGCUGAAAACAGUAACAGAAUGGAGGCAUUUGAUCUCUGUAUAAGGAUAGGGGAGGAUCAGUACUCAAUGUUAGCAGAGCAACAGAAAGAUGUGUCUAAGGUAGUGAGUAAAGGAAAGCGUGUGAGAGAGGAGAUUGAGAAGAGGGAUGAGAGGAGCAGGGAAUGGCACAGACAGAGUGUGUUGGUGAAGGAGAGGAUUAAGGAGGGAAAUUAUAGAGAAAAAACAUACAGUGUUAGGGUUAUCAGUUGGGUGGUUUGUUACAGACACAAUCAGGUUUUACAAUAUAUUUUAGAGCAAACUGAGUCACAUAAAGAAACACAGACUGAACUUUUUUUUAAUUCUUUCAAACUUGCUUUACUUAUUCCAACAAAAGAAGAGGGAAAUAGAAUUGCAGCAUAUGAUCCAGUCGAAAAUUUAGAUUCAUUUAGAAACUUAGACAUUGAUGGAUCAAUAUCUGAACACCAGCGCUUACUUUUGCUGAGUUGUUACGAUGGAGAUUUAAAAACUGUGAAAACAUUAAUUAAAUAUCUCAAAAGGAAUACAAUUUGUACGACCUUUCCAGAUUUAGAGUUUAAAUAUGUAUUGGGAGACAAAGCACUUACAGCCGCGUGUAAGGAUGGACAUUUGAGUGUAGUGAAGGAGCUGGUAGAGGCAGGGGCUGAUGUCAAUCCUAAAGGUUGGGUUGAUACACCACUGAAAGCAGCAUGUGAGGGUGGACAUCUGAGUGUAGUGAAGGAGCUAAUAGAAGCUGGAGCUGAUGUCAAUCCACAAGGUAGGUAUGAUACACCACUGACAGCAGCAUGUAAGCGUGGAUAUACAAGUAUAGUGAAGGAGGUUAUGGAAGCCGGAGCUGAUGUCAAUCUACAAGGUAGGUUUGAUACACCACUGAUAGCAGCAUGUAAUGGUGGACAUAUGAGUUUAGUGAAGGUGCUUAUAGAAGCCGGAGCUGAUGUCAAUCCAAAAAAAAGUUUUGUUUUUACACCACUGACAGCAGCGUGUAAGGGUGGACAUCUGAGUGUAGUGAAGGAGCUAAUAGAAGCCGGAGCUGAUACCAAUCAACAAGGUAUGUUUCAUACACCACUGACAGCAGCAUGUAAGGGUGGACAUAUGAGUUUAGUGAAGGUGCUUAUAGAAGCCGGAGCUGAUAUCAAUCAACAAGGUGAGUGUGAUACACCACUGACAGCAGCAUGUAAGGGUGGAUAUAUAAGUAUAGUGAAGGAGCUGCUCGAGGCUAGAGCUGAUGUCAAUUUACAAGGAAAGCAUGGAGUUGGUAUAGAUAACGAAACACCAUUAACAGUCGCAUGUAAGGGUGGACACUUUGAUAUAGUAAAAGAGUUGCUAGAGGCAGGGGCUGAUGUUAAUCAACGAAGUAAGUAUAAUACACUACUGACAGCAGCAUGUGAUGGUGGAAAUAUAAAUGUAAUAAAGAAACUCCAGGAGGCGGGUGCUUAUGUCAAUGUACACAGUGAAAUAGAUUCACCUUUAACAGCAGCAAUUAAAGGUGCAGGGGCUGAUGUUAAUUUACAUAGUACACGUGAAACACCACUGAUAGCAGCUUGUUAUGGUGGACAUAUGAGUAUUGUGAUGGAUCUCUUAAAGGCAGGAGCUGAUGUCAAUCUACAAAUUCAAUCUUGUACAUCACUGAUAGCGGCAUGUUGGGGUGGGCAUGAAGAUGUGGUGGAAGAGAUUGUAAAAGCAGGGGUUGAUGUUAAUUUACAUGGUCAUUAUUAUAAAUCACUGAAAGUGGGUGGAGGGAAGGUGUUCGGAUAUGUAAAUGAAUCUUAUACACCACUAACAGUAGUAUGUUGGGGUGGAUCUAUGAAUGGAGUUAAAACUCUGCUUAGGGCAGGAGCUGAUGUUAAUCCUCAGGGUGAAUAUUCAACACCACUCAUAGCAGCAACUAAGGUUGGGUGUAUACGUAUAAUAAAGGAGCUGCUAAGUGCAGGAGCUGACGUAAAUCUUCAAGGUAAGCAUGAAACACCAUUGAUGAAAGCUUGUGAUCAUGGACAUAUGAAUAUUGUGAAGGAGUUGUUGAACGUAGGGGCUGAUGUCAAUCUACAUAGAAAGUAUGAUUAUAAUACACCGCUGUCACUAGCAUGUAAAAAAGGACAUACAAGUAUUGUGAUAGAGCUGCUAAAGGCAGGGGCUGAUGUCAAUCUACAAAGGAGAGAUAACACACCACUGACAGCAGCAUGUGAUGAGGGACAUUUGAGUAUUGUUAGAGAGUUGCUAAGUGCAGGGGCUGACGUAAAUCUAGGAAAACAUAAUACCCCACUGAAAGCAGCAUGUAAUAAAGGACAUACUAGUAUUGCAAUGGAGCUGCUGAAGACAGGGGCUGAUGUCAAUCUUCAUGGAGAGUAUGGUACACCACUGACAAUAGCGUGUAAAAAAGGGACAGAGAAUGGUUCAAGUCAGUUAGACAGACUGAGGUUACAUUUGUUUGAUUGUUUGGUAAACAUAAGACACAGUGACGUGAUGGCUGACAGUAAGGUUGAUGUGGUGGUGACACGGAGACGAGUGUGGCAUGUCAAUCAGUGGAUACAGCUGUAUGAUGAUUCUAAUAAUGAGUAUGAUGAGAGACCCCUGCUGUUUACACUGAUUGAUGAGAAUAUUUGUAACGACAGUUUAUUGGAUAGGGUGCGGAUCCUCCUGGAGUCGGGGGUGGAUGUCAAUGUCAGGGUGAGGUAUAGAGAGUAUGGUUCUGUGUUACACAGAAAGGGGGUGUCUGUUCUAGAGAGGACACGACAACUGCUGAAUAAGUAUAGAAAGAGAGAGGGGUGGAAAAGAGUGUUUAAUUGCACAAGAGUGAUUAAGGAGGUGAAGAAACAUGUAAGACGAUACUCUGUGUAG